CAACACUACCUACGUGACCGGGACUACCCGCACGACGAUACCUAUGUCACCGUCGAUGAGGAUGCGCCCGAAACUUCGGACCCGCCGCCGCCCUCCAGCGACUCGGAGCGCUACGACGCGCCCAGUCCCGACGAUGCCAAGCCGCGCUCUUCCUCGCCCAAGAAGCACAAGCAGAAGUCCUCCUCGCAGCUUAUCAAGCCGCCCUACUCGUACAUCGCGCUCAUUACUAUGGCCAUCCUACAAUCGCCGCAUAAGAAGCUCACGCUGAGUGGCAUCUGUGAAUUCAUUAUGACACGCUUUCCCUACUACCGAGAGAAGUUCCCCGCCUGGCAGAACUCGAUCCGGCAUAACCUCAGCCUGAACGAUUGCUUCAUCAAGAUUCCUCGCGAGCCGGGCAAUCCUGGCAAGGGCAAUUACUGGACGCUGGACCCGCUCGCUGAGGACAUGUUUGACAACGGCAGCUUCCUGCGCCGUCGCAAGCGCUACAAGCGGCCUGCGCCCUCGUUGCAGCACGCGCAUGCCAUGGUGGCGAUGCUGGCGCGUGAGGCGUACGCACCGCUCCUGCCGCUUCCAUGCUACCUGCCGCCGGCGCCACUGCUAACGCUGCCCCGCCCUCCGCCUGCCGCGCUUCGCCCAGUGCCGUUGCCGCCGCGUAUCGCCGAGAUCACCGAGCCCAGGGAAAAGAGAUCCAGGAAUGGCUUCUCCAUCGAAUCUAUAAUUGGCAACCAGGAGGACGGAGUUGGUGAGCCGCGGCGGAGCGCUUUCUCACCGCUGCACCUGUCCGCCGUGCCGCCAGACGACUGGGCCAGGUGAAUGUGUCUUAAUGGGUGCGUUUUGAGUCCUCCUCCGUAUUGAAACGAACCCGUGGACAAUGAGAGAUACGAAAUUGUGAGAACGCUUUAAUUCACGACCGUGUCUUCAGUGCCGUGACUUUUGCCGGGUAAACUAUCGGUAAAUUCCGUUCGUAAUGACGACCAAAACAAAACUUAGUAAACCAGUAAUCUACGUAUUUUUGUAUGCGAAUGCAUGAUUUUCAAUCUGUGUAAGCAAAACUCUUGUUUGGACACAGUAUCGCAUUAAACAAAUUGUUUUUUUUAAUUUGCAAAUUUAAUCUAACAAUAUGAAUUUCGUCCGUUACGUAGUAGUAAGUAUCAAUAAACGAG